UGUGCACACCGUUCUGGUGCCCAUGUGCGGAUACGAUCUUCUCGUAUCUCGCGACCCAAAAAAUAUCCAGGCCGUCCUCGCCACCAAGGCUGCCCACUGGGACGUCAGCGAGCACCGCACCGCCAGCUGGGAACCUAUGCUUGGUAAAGGCAUCUUCACCUCCCGUGGCGAGGAUUAGAAGCACUCGCGCACCCUUGUUCGGCCGCAGUUUACGAUGGACCAAAUCAACGACCUAGAUCUAUACGAGCGCCACGUCCAAGCGCUCUUUGCCGCAAUCGACCGGCACCAAAACGACUCCAGCGAUGAGCAAUGGACACGUGUUUUCGACUUGCAGCCCCUGUUUUACAACAUGAGCCUCGAUGUCAUGUCAGAGAUGCUCUACGGCUACUCGGUCCACUCCCAAAACCCUUCCGAACGCGUCGAGUUACCAGAGCUUACCGGGCACGAGCCUCCGGACCGCGAGAAUAUCGGAAUGCAUAUGGAUGCCGGUAAAGCCUGGAUCGAGACCCGUGGAGCGCUCUGGAAAUACCGUUGGCUGCUGCCGGUCAAGCAGUUCAACGAGCACUGCGCAGCCAUCCACAAGUACGCCGAGUGGUUUGUGCAACUUCGCCUCACUCGGGGAGGCGAGUACUUGGAUGGGCUGCAGCACCAGGGCGGUCAGCCCCACGGCGAUCGUUACGUCCUUCUAAACGAGCUCGCCAAGGUGACGCAAGAUCCAGUAGAGUUGCGCAGCCAAACUCUGAAUGUGCUCAGCGCCGGCCGGGACACGACGGCUGCACUCCUGGGUUGGAUUGUGUAUUUCCUGGCUCGCCAUCCCAAAGUCCAACUGAAGCUGCGAUACGAAGUGCUUAUCCGUUUUGGGCCGUACGUGUCGGGGCAGCCGAGCGGCAUCGAGUUCAAGAAGGUGCGCGACUCGUUGCCGUACAUGAACGCCGUCAUCAACGAGACCCUUCGCAUGGCGCCGGUUGUGCCUCUGAACGACCGAAUCUCGCUCCGCGACACGGUCCUCCCACGUGGCGGCGGCGACGACAGGACGGAACCUAUACUCGUUCCCAAGGGGACCCAGAUCUUGAUUCCGACGUAUGCCUUGGGGCAGCGGCCGGACCUCUGGGAUUUCGACCCGGACGAGUUCAGGCCGGAGAGAUGGAUGGAAGACGGGAAACGCAAGUUUGGCUUCGAGUUCGUGCCCUUUGGCGGAGGACUCCGGCAGUGCCUUGGACAACAACUGGCGCGGAUCAAGUCGGCCUAUGUCAUCACCCGGAUAUUGCAGCGAUACGACACCAUUGAGAAUGCUGAAUCGCCGCCGGACGCACCUAUUAGAUUCCACCACACGAUCGAAAACAGGAGUGGCAGUGGGGUUCAGGUCAAGCUACGCAAGGCGAAGUGGACGCUGCAGUUGCAAAGACGGUGGGAGGCCAAAAAUGAGCAACAGCGUUUGGAAAUACAUUGACUUGUUAGCACUUGAUAGGCAGCGUAGCGUUUCUUUACGAACAAUAACGUAAUCCGGA